CUUCCCGGAAUCUGCUCGGUUUCUGAGUGAAGCGGAAAGAGUUUUCGCGAUUCGCCGUCUGCGGGCAGAUUUUCAGUUUAGUGCUGGAGGCGAGCCAUUGAAAGCGAAGUAUAUUUGGCAAAGUCUAACGGAUUGGAAGACUUAUCUUGCCAUCGGAAUUUGGACGGGGGUUUUUCUAAUCCAUCUCCUAGUGACGGCCCAGUAUUUGCCUUCUCGCUGUUCACGCCUACGAUAAUUAGCCAGGUAAGAUAUGAAGCAACAGCUGCCAACCUUCUUUCUGUCCCCGUGUAUGUCUGGGGGUGUAUCGUCACCUGUGCUAUCGGGCUUCUAGGUGAUCGCAUUGGAUCUCGGGGUUAUAUCAACCUGGGCUUGUUUGGGAGUGGGCUUGUCGCAUAUAUCAUCUUGAUAUCGUCAACAAACGCAGCAUUGUCAUAUUUUGCUGUCUAUCUCGCCUCUUCUUCUAUAUAUCCAACAAUACCGAAUUCUGUAGCAUGGGUUUCGAGCAAUAUCGAAGGAUCGUACAAGCGGAGCGCCGCACUCGGGAUAAUAAUCGGGCUAGGCAAUAUCAACGGCGCAGUAUCUUGUAACAUUGUACGUUGCCUUUACGCGACAGUUUACUUUGCUUCUUCCCUUGUGUCCUAUUUCUGAUUCACAAUAACAUCCUUCGCAGUAUCGCGCCGUUGACGCUCCUUGGUACAGACUCGGGCACGGUGUUCUCCUCGCGUACAUCAGCGUCGGCGUUGUCUCGUCUCUUGCUUUUAUGCUUCUUCUCCAGCGAGAAAAUAAGCUAAGAGAUAAAGGAGAGCGCGAUGAGGUUAUAGACGAGCUCCUCGGGGAGGGUGAUAGAAACACUGAUUUUAGUGCUCAGUCCCUCAAGAACGGUCGGUAUGAGACUGUUGAAGCAGCCAGGCAGGACAAAGGUGAUAACUGGAGUGGGUUUCGAUAUUCACUUUUUGACAAAUGGUCACGAAGCAUGAAAAAGGGUAUUAGAGCACGAGAAGCUUGUCGUGAGAACACACGUUUUGCCCUUCACGUGUGUGGCCAUUACGGUACCCCAACAGAAGACGAAGAGAGAAAUACUAUGUAAUGAGUAAAAGGACUCACACUGAUAACGUGAACAUACUAUAUUCUGUUUCAGAUGUUCUCCUGCAUUCUUUCAAUCUCAUUUCGAAUCUUGGAGCUGAAUCCACCAGUUGUCUAUAACCCAGACUUUAGGCCUCCAGGUGCACGGUGCCAUAAUGGUUGACCGUGCCAACCGAAAAUAGAUGUUUAUGACACCUGGUUCCUUGGGCGUCUCGAAACAAUGGUCAGUAAUUCUGAAAUGAAGGCCGAGGAUGCCAUCCUUAAGUAUAUCCCUAUUUCCGACAAGCUCUAUCGCUCAGAUGUGGAUAUUUCAGGGGUUAACGAGAGGAAAUUGAUGUGGAAGAUAGACAUGCACGUUAUUCCGUGGUUAGCCCUGCUACAGCUGUUUUGUUUCCUCGAUAGGGGAAACAUAGGGAACGCCAAGUUAUACAACCUAGAGCAAGAUUUGCGUAUUACAGACAAACAAUUCCUUAUAGCUUUGACAGUCUUUUUUUUUCCAUUCGCAUUAUUCGAGCCUGCCAGCAAUGUAGUGCUGAGAAAGUUCCGUCCCUCAAGAUGGCUCUCGUUUUUGAUGCUAUCGUGGGGAAUAGUAAUGACUUGCCAUGGUUUUGCUCGUAAUUAUGCCGAUCUUCUCACUCUCCGAUUGCUGCUGGGUUUGGCUGAGGCUGGGUUAUAUCCCGGAAUCAUAUUUUACAUUUCGUGUUGGUAUAAGCGAACAGAACUUGGAACCCGAAAUGCCACUUUCUUUUCUUCUGCCACAAUAGCUGGAGCCUUCAGUGGGCUACUUGCUGCAGCCAUAUCUAAAAUGGAGGGGAUUGGAGGAAAACCAGGAUGGACUUGGAUAUUCAUCAUCGAGGGGCUUUGUACAGUCUUGUUGGCCAUUGCAUCGUUUUGGAUGAUAGAAGACUUUCCAGAAUCCGCCCGAUUUCUGACUGAAGCAGAAAGGGUUUUUGCUAUUCGUCGCCUACAAGCCGACUUUCAGUUUAGUGCUGGGGGCGAGCCAUUGAAAGCGAAGUAUAUUUGGCAAAGUCUAACGGACUGGAAGACUUAUCUUGCCAUUGGCAUUUGGGUGGCAAUUGAUGGUCCAGUAUUUGCGUUCUCGUUUUUUACACCUACAAUAAUCAGCCAGGUAAGAUUUGAAGCCACAGCUGCUAACCUUCUAUCGGUUCCUGUGUACGUCUGGGGAUGUAUCGUCACUUGCGUUAUUGGGCUUCUUGGCGAUCGCAUAAGAUCCAGAGGUUACAUCAACCUGGGCUUACUUGUAAGUGGGCUUGUUGCAUAUAUCAUCUUGAUAUCAUCAACGAACUCGGCCUUGUCAUAUUUUGCGGUCUAUCUCGCUGCGUCUUCUAUAUAUGCGACAAUACCAAAUUCUAUAGCGUGGAUAUCGAGCAACUUUGAAGGGUCGUACAAGCGGAGCGUCGCGCUCGGGAUAACGAUAGGAGUAGGCAGCCUCAACGGCGCUGCAACUAGUAACGUCUAUCGCGCCGACGAUGCCCCGCGAUACAGACUCGGGCACGGUGUCCUCCUCGCGUACAUCAGUGUCGGCGUCGUCUCCUCCCUCGCCUUCAUGAUCCUCCUCCGACGAGAAAACAAGCGAAGGGAGGACGGAGAGCGCGACGAAGUGAUAGACGAGCUCCUCGGCGACGCUGACAGACACACCGACUUUAGUGCCCGCGCUCUCAAGAACGGUCGAUACGCGAGUGUCGAAGCAGCUAGGGAGGAUAAAGGGGAUAGGUGGAGUGGGUUUCGGUAUUCGUUGUAAAAUGCAGCACGAAGUGGAGGAGAAGGGACCAUGCAGCACCCACUCGGUGAAUGUACAAGUGAUUAAAUGUCAGAAUAGUCGUUUUUUGUAACAGUGAUCAAUAUUGCAAUGUCGACGCAGAAUGGGAGCACAAAAAAAA